AUGUUGUCAUUUAACCAAGUGUUGUCAUUAAAAAAAAAACAUCAUCAUCAUCAUCAGCCUAUUAAUGUCCCCACUGCUGGGGCACAGGCCUUCCCUAUGGAUGGAAUAGGGAGAUUGGGCCAUAACCCACCACGCGGGCCCAGUGCGGAUCGGCGGGUGCUGACGACUGCAGAUGCAGCCGGGACCAACGGCUUAACGUGCCUUCCGAAGCACGAAGGAGCUCGAGAUAGUAAAUUUUUGGCCACCCAUCCAAAGAGCGACCACUGCGAAGGUUGUGGUGGACACAAUGGAGGUGGUGGUCUGGGUGGUUUGCUAGUUGUUCAUGCUGGUAAAAACAUUGCUGGAGGCGCCCUUAACACAGUCGGACACGUCCUUGGUGGUGCAACCGGAACCGUGGAUUGUGUUGCCAAAAAAGUUGGAAAAACCGUUGGAGGAGUCGCCAACAAAGUUACCGGAGCUCCCGGAUGUGGCGGAAAGCUCGUCAAUGCCGCUCCCGGAUGUGGCGGAAAGCUCGUCAAUGCCGGAGUCGCCAACAAAGUGCCCGGAGCUGCCGGAUGUGGCGGAAAUCUCGUCAAUGCCGGACCCGGAGCUGCUGCUAAUGUUGGCGGGGCUGGUGGUGCCGUAGGAUGCGGAGCCACUGACGUCGCCGCUGAUACUGGAAGCAAUGCUGACGGAGCUGCUACACAAGCUGCCGACGCUGGAAACGGUGGCAUAGAUGCCGCUGUCGGCGCUGGUGUCAGUGUUGGAGAUGGUGCAGCCUCAGGAUCAGGCAGCUCUGGAUGUGGUUGCGACGGAGCCCCCGGAUGUGAGUAUUAAAACGAGUAGAGACAUCUAUUUAUUAUCAGAUAUCCAGAACUCUGUACAGAAAGAAGCCCCUAAUUGA